GCGCUUAGAAGUCGGGACGUAGCUGUCCCCGCUUCUGAUCCUGUGGAGCCUUUCUGCGGGACCGGAACCAUAAAGAUAGACACAAUGGGUGAAAAUGGUGAUAGUGAAAAAUCUGCGCUAGAGGCCAAAAUCUGUCAUCAAAUUGAGUAUUAUUUUGGUGAUUUUAAUUUGCCACGGGACAAAUUUCUAAAAGAACAGAUCAAACUAGAUGAAGGCUGGGUACCUCUGGAGAUAAUGGUAAAAUUCAACAGGUUAAACCGUCUAACAACAGAUUUUAAUGUAAUAGUAGAAGCAUUGAGCAAAUCAAAAGUAGAACUCAUGGAAAUAAGUGAAGAUAAAACUAAAAUCAGAAGAUCUCCAAGCAGACCCCUCCCUGAAGUGACUGAUGAGUAUAAAAAUGAUGUAAAAAACAGAUCUGUUUAUAUUAAAGGCUUCCCAACUGAUGCAACCCUUGAUGACAUAAAAGAAUGGUUAGAAGACAAAGGUCAAGUACUACAUAUUCAGAUGAGAAAAACAUUGCACAGAGCAUUUAAGGGAUCAAUAUUUGUUGUGUUUGAUAGCAUUGAAAUUGCUAAGGAGUUUGUAGAGACUCCUGGCCAGAAGUACAAAGACACAGACCUGCUAAUACUUUUCAAGGAAGAUUACUUUGCAAAAAAGAAUGAAGAAAGAAAACAAAACAAAGUGGAAGCUAAAUUACGAGCUAAACAAGAGCAAGAAGAAAAACAGAAGUUAGCAGAAGAUGCUGAAAUGAAAUCUCUAGAAGAAAAGAUGGGCUGCUUGCUGAAGUUUUCGGGUGACUUAGAUGAUCAGACCUGUAGAGAAGAUUUACACAUCCUUUUCUCAACUCAUGGAGAAAUAAAAUGGAUAGAUUUUGUCAGAGGCGCAAAAGAGGGAGUAAUUCUAUUCAAAGAAAAAGCUAAAGAAGUACUGGAUAAAGCCAAAGAUGCAAGUAAUGGUAACCUGCAAUUAAGGAACAAAGAAGUAACAUGGGAAGUACUAGAAGGAGAGGUAGAAAAAGCAGCAUUGAAAAAAAUUAUGGAAGAUCAUCAAGAAUCCCUAAACAAAUGGAAGUCAAAGGGUCGCAAAUUUAAAGGGAAAGGAAAGGGAAAUAAGAUUGCCCAGACUGGAUCUGCUAAAGGAAAAGUACAGUUUCAGGGCAAGAAAACGAAAUUUGAUAGUGAUGAUGAAUGUGAUGAAAAUGGUGCAGCUGGACCAGAGAAAAGAGCGAGAGAAGAAACAGAUGGAGAAGAACCUGCAUCAAAACAACAAAAAACAGAAAACGGUACAGGAGACCAGUAGUUUAGUAAACUGUUUUAAAAUUCAUUUAAUUUAGGUUUUAAUCUACUUUUGUCAUUGGAGCUUUUUAAAAAGAAAACCGAAUUAGGUCCACUUCAAUGUCCACCUGUAAGAAAAGAACAUUUUUUUUUGUUGUUUGUCUUUUUGUUUUUAAAUGAGGAUUUUUUUAAUGUAUAGCUCUGUUACCAGAUGAUUCAAUUAUCAAAAGGUUCUUCCACUAAACUACCUUUUUAAUAUGAGAAUAUAUUAGUAUAAACUUUAAUAAAAUAAAUAUAUGCUAUAUAAAAAGAG